AUGCCUUUCAAGUUGCUCGAGGUGGACACCGCCACUGACUUUGAAGAAGUCAUCGAGUGCCAAUGGGCCGCAUAUCAGAAUCCCUUUCAAAGUUUCUUCCGCCUCUUCUGUCCAGUUCAUAGCGACGGCCCUACUGCCCAAGCAGAGUCACUUAAGGAAUGCAUAGCUUGCCAGCUAGACUGGUACAAUUCGGAUCCAACGAGUUACUGGGGGAAGGUCAUUGAUGACAACGGCAAGAUUGUUGGCGCUUGUCUAUGGAAAAUCUGUCCAACCAACCUUUUCGAAAACUUCUUCGUUAUGCCUUCGACACUGUUUGAUCUCAAGGCGUUCCGUUUCUUCGCGACCUGCUCUAUCCACUUCUGCAUAAUCGUGGAUGCCUUAGGGUCUUUAAAUAACUAG